GAUUUGGUGGAAACCCUAAAAUAGAGGAUUCUUCGACCUCCCCCAAUCCAGGGUUUCUAGCGGGAACCGAAGCUCGGGUUAAUUCAGAUAUCGGUGGAAUGGGGAGAGAAUUGCAGAAGCAGCCGCAGCAGGAGAUGGCGUCCGCCGUGGAACAGCUGCUCGCUGUAAAUCCUUACAAUCCCGACAUCCUCCCCGAUCUCGAAAACUACGUGAACGAGCAGGUCUCAUCCGAAACGUACAGCUUAGAUGCUAAUCUAUGCCUUCUUCGCCUCUAUCAGUUCGAGCCCGAGAGGAUGAGUACUCAAAUUGUGGCUCGCAUCUUGGUCAAGGCUCUGAUGGAAAUGCCAGCUCCAGAUUUCAGCCUGUGUCUCUUUUUAAUUCCAGAAAGAGUGCAAAUGGAGGAUCAAUUCAAGACUUUGAUUAUACUUUCCCACUAUUUGGAGACUGGAAAGUUCCGUCAAUUCUGGGACGAAGCUGCUAAGAAUCGUCACAUAGUUGAAGCUGUGCCAGGUUUUGAGCAAGCAAUUCAAGCUUAUGCAGUUCAUGUUCUUUCCUUGACUUAUCAAAAGGUUCCUAGAUCUGUGCUUGCUGAGGCAAUCAAUAUUGAGGGCCUAUCUUUGGACAAAUUUCUUGAGCACCAAGUUGCAAACUCUGGUUGGAUUCUUGAGAAAGGUCAUGGGAAGGGCCAGCUUAUCGUUAUACCACCCAACGAAUUCAACCAUCCCGAACUGAAAAAGAAAUCCUCCGACAGCAUUCCCUUGGAACACAUCACUCGCAUCUUCCCAAUUCUCGGUUAAUCAAUCCGCUUACUGGUAACUAAUGUUAGUUUCUUCGAUUCGCCUAGUUUUUCGUUUCUGUCGUUUCAUUUGAGGACCUCUGUCAAAUUUUCGACUAUGCCAUGCAAAGGGGGCAGCUAGUCUGAUGUUUAUAUCUGUACCUUAAUCAUGCCAUUUCAUAAUGGUUAUUAGACAUGGAGGGUGCGCCUAGGCGCUGGGGUGAAGCCUGAGGCCUCUGUAAGCCUAGUUUUGAAGCGUUUUCUUUUAAUUAUUGGUUCUAAUUUUGGGUGCCUUAGGACUUGAGUUCCAUAUAAGUAUUAGACCACAUGUUUUAAAUAGUGUUGUUGCCAAUGUUCUUGCCCUCGUUUCCAAUUAUUAUAGGAUCAGUAUGUAUGGUUAUUGA